AUGCCCAUCCCAAGGUCUGGUCGUGAGUUUACGAACGACCAGCGCACGGCAAUCUACCAUGCCAUGCUCGAGAUCAAAGUAAACGGUGUUGCACCUCGUGGAGCCAUGCGUUCCCUUUGCGAGCAGUAUGGAAUCACUCGGCAGGGGAUGUCUCGCAUCUGGAAGCUCGGACAACAGACCAAGGCCAGCCUUGGGUGCGCGAAUGUCUCUUCCCGCAAGCGUGGCAACUAUGGACGCCGUCCGAAACACACAGACAGUGAAUUCGAGGCCAUGAUCAAAGCUGUCCCAAAGUUUGCAUGCUCUGCCUACCGCAGCUUGUCGGCAGCCACCUCGAUACCCUUGCCAACCCUGUGGAAGCUGCUCCAACGGAAGCUCCUGCCCCGUCGAACGAGCAGAUUGAAGCCCAUGCUGACACCAAGCCACAAGACGCAGAGGAUUGAUUUCGUCCGUGGUUUCGUGCGUCAACAAGGCCAAGGGUGUUACAAGUGGCACGACAUGAUGGACAGAGUCCACAUUGACGAGAAGUGGUUCUACGUCACCAAGGUGAACAGGAUAUACUACAUGUGGCACGAUGAGGAAGUACUGCAGCGCAAGUGCAAGUCGAAGCGCCAUAUCAAAAAGGCACACCAUCUGGGACGGGAAGCUUGGCACAUGGGCGUUCGUCGAAACUCAUUUGUCGAAGCGAUCAAGCAAAAAUCGCCCGCGUGGUACCCCGGUGACGACUCCGGUGAUAGUGACGAAGCCCCUGUACCGCCGUUACCUCUUGGAGCACGUGCUGCCUUCGAUUCGUGCGAAAUAGCCUGGGCCGAGGAGCCACCCAAUUUACGUCCAGCAAGACAACGCGAGCCCCACGUCAACAACGAUGACCCUGCCAUUGUGUCUGCUGGGCGCGCCGAUGGAUGGGACAUUCGUCUGGUUUCGCAGCCGCCUAUGAGUCCUGACUUUAAUAUUUUGGACCUAGGGUUCUUCAACGCAAUUCAGGCGUUGCAGCAUCAGAAGGUUUCCCGUUGUGUCGACGACCUCCUGACUGCUGUCAAGGAUGCCUUCGUGGAUUUGGAUUGGAAGGUUUUGGACAAGACCUUUAUGACUCUACAAAAGGUCAUGGAUGAGGUAUUCAAAAUCGUUGGUGAUAACGUUUACCGUCUUCCUCAUCUCAAGAAGGGUCAAGCCUUCAAGGAAGCUCGCCAAGUUCUGCGGCCAAACUGCGACGAGGAUGUGUGCUCUGCGCUUGACGCAAUGGACCGGCGCUUUGAGUAUGAAGAACGCGUUGAAGCUUUGGUGCAUUCACUUUCGAACACUUUGUCGGUAGAAAACUCCAACAUCGAUGAGAUUUGUGGAUUAGUCGAUGCUGUGAAUAUCUGA